GCUAAAACUAUAUUUUGGUCAUCUACAAUUUAUUUCGAAAUUUAUACUUGUUCAGACAAAACAAAUAGUACAUUAGUACGAUUGGUACUUAACUUUGAACCACUUUUAAUUCCGGGUUGUGAAGGUGAAUAUUGUGAGUGGUCUACAUUUAAAAAG